AUGAUUACCCGUUUAAAUUUUUUCAAAUUUCGAACGUCCCGAAUCAACAACGAGCCGAUCACAGAUAAUAUAACGCGCCGAGAUCCGGGGAGAAUCUCCGGGCUGGCAAGCCGCGCGCCGCGCCAUCCGCCGGCCGAGCGGGCCGAGAGCGGGCCGAAGCGUCAAGCGAGUCAGUCAGCAUCACGCGCGCGAGUGCGGAGGGCGUGUCGCACAACGCUCCGCUGC